UGUUUUCAAGCCCUAUCUGAUCUAUCUUCCUGGGUCUUUCUGUUGUUUACCGAGGCUGUGCCCCGUUCCCCAGCUUCUAUCUCCAUAUUCAAAGUCCCAGCCCUCAGACUUGUUACUAUCUUUCUCUCCCCACUCUGUGAAUGACCUCUCCCUGCUUGUGUUUUGUGUUCCACUUUCUGUUCCCCAAGUUUUCAUAUAAUGCUUUGCUGGCCAUCGAUGAUGACUAUUGGCUGAAGGAUCUCAUCAGAGUGAUAUUUGAGAAGAUCCAAAGCUUCAAGUGGUCACAAGUGGAGGAGAAGUCCUUCUUAUACAGACUCAUUGGCUACACCCUGAGGGGCUCUACUGACCAUAACUUCGUCUCCCUGAUGUUAGCCGAUAUCCUCAACAGCACUCAAGAGGAAGAGUUGGAGAGAAUGGGCAUUGGCAACGCUAUUAGUAUCGUGGCUACCUGCCAUCUUAAGGCAGCUCUCAACGUGCUUCAAGAUUACAGCAGCAUACUCACUGAUAAGAACACAUCCCCUAUCCUCAAACUCAGCAAAGAACUUCAGCAGAUGGAGUGGGUAAAAAUCUGCAACACUAUCUACAUUGCCUAUAGUAGGAUUUUUCAAGAGACCAAGUCUGAUAUUGGUGUCCAUGCAGACGUCAUCUUGUCUUUAAUCAUAGAUCACUAUGAAAAUUGCAUCGUAGAAAAGGAUACAGACCUGAAGCUGAAUUACCUGAAUAACGUGGUCAAGUUAACAAGCAACUUGGCAAGUGUGGUUCACUCAGAGCUCCAUUUCUCCUACAAAAAAAAGAUGGUGUACUUCAUGAUGCCCUGUGAAAUAGGCCACAAGAGCCUUUGCUAG